AUGUGCUACUACUAUCGGCACGUCAAGUACCACAAGUGCUCUCAUACCGACCAAUUCAAGAAUCACGCCAUCCCAACCAAGAGCCGACUCUGCUGCAGGGCCAUCAUGGGAGAAGACUGCGAGACCAAGUACAAGCUGAAAUACACCUGGAUGGUCGAGGACUACUGCCCGAGGUGCAAGAAAAGUCUUGUGAGAAAGGCCGAGAAGGAGUACUGGAAGGACAACGUACAGUUUGACUACUGCCUUGAGUUCUUGGAGCCAUCCAUCCAUGAGGCGAUCCGGUCCGAGUUCGCUGCGGUCUCAAAGGAGGCAUUGAAGAACUUCAGCAAUGAGGGAAUUCGGAAGAAGCUCAGGUCAAUGCUGGAGAAGCUUUUUGGCCUGGUGGGAAAGACGGAGAUCCCGGAGGGCUAUUUCUUGACAGGAACAGGACAGGACUGA